AUGUCGGAUUCAAACUCGUCAUCUCCUCCAAAGGAUACAGGCUAUAUCGAAGGCGAUGAUUUCUCUACACAAUGGAGGAACAUCUUCUCGAUCUUGACGGGUAGAAUGACUCCCGAAGGACAAGAGCAAUUCCGUCUCGCGAAAGAUAUUCGCAACGAAGCAGCUGAUUGCAAACGAUGUGAAGAUCAGCGUGAUUAUCUCUUGCAAUUCAGUCCUAUUAUUCGAUAUCUAAGCGACAACAUUCGCCAAUUAGGCGGCGACCUGGGCAGUCACAAUCUUCGUUGUCGGCGAUGUACGCAAAGGAAAGCAGGCGGGUUUGAUCCAGAAUACGGUAUCCAAAUAUGCGCGAAUGAGAUGCGUGAUCAAGGACAUCUAGAGGACACAAUGGCGCAUGAAAUGGUACAUGCGUACGAUCAUCUUCGCUUUAAGUUGGACUGGGAUAGCGAUUUGAGACAUGCGGCGUGCACUGAGAUUCGCGCAAGUUCCCUCAGCGGCGAGUGCAGAUGGGCUCGAGAAUUCUUCCGAAGAGGUCAAUGGAAACUUACCCAGCAACAUCAGGAAUGCGUUCGAAGAAGAGCAAUCCUCUCUGUUCGCGCAAGACCCUUUUGCAAGGACGAAGCACAUGCCGAAAAAGUUGUGAAUGAGGUGUGGGAAAGUUGUUUCCGUGAUACCAGACCCUUUGAUGAAAUCUUUCGAUGA